CCCAGGAUACACAGAGGACCCCCCAGCACCAGGCAGCCACUCCUCCCCCACCUCCUCCCAUUUCUUGGCUGUGGAAGAAGCUUCCACAGACUGCGGGUCAGCCCGGGCUUCCUUCUGUUCUGAUCCCUGGCUGAGCUCGGCUCAGACCUGCCCUCCCUUCCCCUUUUACUGCAACCACCUCCUCCCCCAGCGGCUCCAGUGACUGCAGCCAGCAGCGCACAACUGCACACUUCUAUACAAGAUGGCGGGAUCCCUUGUCGAAAGGGAGUCAAUGCUGGAUGGCAGGCGUUUGAGCAGCCCCUUAGGGUCUCCUGUGCAAGCCGAAGUUUACUUCCCACGCUUGACGACUCCUUUCUGUGGGCAUAUAAAAGGAGGAAUGAGACCUGGGAAGAAAAUCCUUAUUAUGGGCAUUGUUGGCUUAAACCCAGAAAGUUUCGAGAUCAGACUGACGUGCGGGGAUUCAGAAGACCCACCAGCUGAUGUGGCUAUCGAGCUGAAAGCAGAAUUUGGUGAGAAACAGCUGCUCCGGAACGCAUGCGUGUCUGGGGAGUGGGGAGAAGAGGAGACAGCGAUUCCCUAUUUUCCCUUUAUAUCCGAUCAGCCGUUCAGAAUAGAAAUACUUUGCGAGCAUCCCCGUUUCAGGCUAUUUGUGGACGGGCAUCAACUUUUUGAUUUUUACCAUCGUGUUGAAGCAUUAUCAACUAUUGACACCGUGAGGAUCAGUGGAGAUCUUCAGCUUACCAAACUUGGUUAAUGUCCAACAAGGGUCUGAAGCCAUUGUUGGACUCAGGGCAGCUACAACUACGCCAGGAUAUACAAGGAGUACAGUCCAUGCCUCUACAAUCAAUGAUCUUGUGUCAACUCCACAGAAUUCUAAGCUGCCGGACAGUAGUCACAAGAUGUUUCUUUUAAGGACAGUGGGGUACCACAUUGAUCAAAUGAAUAAAAAAUGGUGGCCUACUUUUUUGACCUGGAGUAAAA